AUUUUGUUGUCUCCCCUCCCCAUCCGAUAAAAUGAUCGACCAAUGAAUAAUAUGUCAGACCAAUAAAAUUGUCAUAUUUAUUAUUUAUAAGUCACUUUAUGGUCUUCAAAUUUAGCUAAAUUGCUUUUAUUAAUGGACCUAGAUUGUACAGCCAACUCCUCAGUUUCGGACUCUCAAUCAAAUGAACAUACUGUCGGAUCUAGUCCAACAGAAUUAGGCUAUGAAAAUACUAUAGGAACACCGACAGGAGUGGAACAUUACUCCGAUCUAUAUGAUAACCGAUCAAAUAAAAUUGUGGCAGAAGAUCCUAGAAAUAAUUUGGAGUCGUCAGUCAAUGAAAGUGGCUACAGUUCCUAUUGUAACUAUAGUUACAUAUCAACUGAAGAUGCAAUUACUAAACCUGAAGAAAGUGAACCUCAGUUUUGCGUUAAUGCAUGCCAUUCGAUUUAUACGAUUCCAUAUGUGCCAGAGAACUUAACAAACAACACUUGUCGCUAUGUAGAAUUUACAAGUGACAACAACGAGACAGUCAACGCAGUAGCAUCCAUAGUUAGUCAUGGUGUGAAUUCUUGCAGUUACAUCCCUGUUUCUAAUAUGAUUACUACUGUUAUCAAUCACAAUUGUACACCAACAGUUACAAAUGAAUUCAGCAAAAUCUUUAACUACCAGUGUGACACAAUAUCAACCCCAGAUAUAACAAGGAAGAAUGAUAAUCAAAGAAAUUUCAAAAGUGAUCCUGAUACAUUUUGGAUUAGUCAGCGUGAUGACAUUCAAAAGUCAGUUAGCAUAAGAACAGGUCAUCUAUCAAAUGAUAAACAAAAUGCAUUGGAUGGUUACGUAGACAGUGGAAACAUUCCUACUUCUACAGACCAACAACUUUUACAGCCACAGGCGUGUUUAAACAAUUAUCGUGUCAAAGAGGACGAAUCCAAAGAGUCGUAUAAUUCAAAUUUUCCUGAAUUUGCGUACAACUUUAUGAAUACACAUUCUCAACAUUACACAACAGGCGAUUUUAUUAAUGCCAGUUCUCAAAAUUCCGUGAUAGACUGUAUCUCAUCAUAUCAAGAUAGUUCUCAGAAUUCUGAGAGCGUCAGUGCUUGUGUUAAAGGGCCACCGUUUUAUUCGCAAACUCAUAACGUUUAUUGGCCUUGGGUCGACAGAUUUUACGCUGAAAAUUGCGCUUCAAAAUUGGGCUCAGUUUGUAAUUCGGAUGUUGCUACUAAGGGACUCAUAAACUACACAAAUUCAUUCUCUUGUAAUCCAAGCUUUGGUCAUUCCUACAAUUCACACUCUUUAUUCAUCAGUGGUGCUAAUCUCCCGCACAUCAGUGAAAAGCCAAAUGAACAGUCUCAGCCUUCGAAACUUUCAGCAGUAAAUUUAUGUACAGGGGAAAAUAUGUCUGCUUUUCAUUCUAUUGCUCAAAUAUCGAGUGAUUACUCCGGGACAUCUGUGGUUGCCGGUAAUAUACCAAAUCUCAUUUUAAUGAACGCACAAAGCAGUGGUGAUUUUUCAGCUCAGUCUGCCGAUAAUCGUAAAGAAUCUCAAGAAGAUGAGAAUAGCUUUGAUCAUAGUGAAACGUCAUGGCAACCAGAACUGAAUUCUGUUCAAUGUUCAUCACGCAAAAGAUUGUCAGAUAAACAGAGAAAGACUAUAUGUGUUUCGAUUCUCAACGAAAACCAAACGGAAGAUUCACAUACCCCUCAAGUUGAAAUUACCCAAAAUUCCUCCACAUCAUUUGAUAUUUCGAGCCUUCACCGAGAAAAUGAAAUUUGUUUAGACCAAUCAAUCUCUGGAAAUAGCUAUUCAUGGACGUCAAAAAGUGAUAAACUGAAAUUUAAUUCCCGCUUAAGAUCAAAAAGAUAUUCUGACGCGAUCAAUUUAACACGAAAUAGACCAUUAAAUCAAACUGCCUUGAGUGUGAUGGAAAGUUGGUAUACAAAUCAUGUAGAUAACCCGUAUCCUACAACAGCGGAGAAAGAAGAAUUAGCAGCACUUGGCGGAAUAACAGUCAUUCAAAACCAGUAUGCUCAAUCGGGAAAAAUUCAUUCAGCCUGUUCAAAUGCACCUCUCAUUGACAGUUCACAUAAACGACAGAGCUGUUUUGAUUUAAUUGUUCCUAAUAUCCCUGAUGUUUUUGUUGAUUAUUCAUAA